GUAGUCAGUCACCUGUUUAUUUAUCUGGAGUAAGGGCUGGAGCCUUGAGACCCAAGAGUCUUCCUCCCAUGCUGAGCUAUGGAGGGAACUCCAGGGCAGGGGACAGUUCCAGGGGACACGACUUCCUCCCCUGCUCCACGCCUUAGUUUUCCCAUCUCAGUAAUACGGUUGCCUUCCAUGCUUCUUCACCGAGGUCUACAGACCUGGGCCUGCGGGGUGCACGGUGGACCAUGAUGAGGUCCCAGAGGCAGGGUUUGUGUGUGUGGUGAUAGCUCUCCCCGAGGCUGCGACGCACGCUCUACAAGAGAUUCUCAUCUCACACUGCGGCUGGCAGAACCCGAACCUACGCAUGGAGGUGUGGCCACGGGAGACCACGCCCCAUUCCCCGCCCACACUUGAACGCAUCGGGAGCGCCACCGGAAGCACGUCGGACGGAGAGUUUUCGCGGAGACACUCAUGGGGCAAUCAGCGAAUCCUGAGACCGCGGCGGUGGCAACCGGAGAGCGGAGCAGGGACCUGGGAAAAAUGCUAUAUGCAAGCUCAGGCGCACAGAACUGGAUGGUGCAUAGCAGUUGGAGGAAACGAGAUAGGAUCGCAGAGCGCCUUUAACUGUCCUCGUGGGCUUGGCUGGUUCUUCAAAAACUCUGAGCAGAAAAGGGAGGCGGGGAAAAGUCUUGGGGUUCCGAGCCCCUGACUCUUCAUGUCCUGUGAAGGUGUGACUAUCAGUUCACCUAUCUAUAAAGUGGGCGAUUAAUCUCCGCCUCGUGGGUGGGGACACUGCGCGGCGGAACGAGAAGGCCCCACCCCGGCCCCGGAGCGUUUUUCUGCACCGCAGACCGUUUACUGGGGCGGAGUCUCCGUUCUUUUCUGCGCUGGGAAAUUUAGAGCGGACCCUUGGCCGCAGGUUUUUUUGUUUGUUUGUUUGUUCCCACUCCAGCCCCCGCCCGCACAACCCGUUAGAGAGGGGCGUGCCCGGAAGUGCUCCUACGGAACCCGGCGGGCCGCGCGCGCCUCUUCACCAUGGCGACGGGCCCGGGGCGCUUUUUCCGCUGCGCUUGCUUCUGCUCUGAAAACUUGUACGUGGCGCGCUACGGGCUGCACGUGCGCUUCCGGGGAGAGCAGCAGCUGCGCCAGGACUAUGGCCCGGUCCUGCGCAGCCGAGGCUGCGUCAGCCCCAAGGACUUUGAGCAGCUGUUAGAAGAGCUUGAGCAGGAGGUGGAGCGGCGGCAACGGCUGGGGCCGGAGUCAGCUGCCCGGAAGGCCCUCAUCGCUAACUCUUACCGCCCGGCGAGGCUGGAAAUCUACAACCCGCUGCAGGAUGUGGCUCUGGCCCCCGAGUUUCUGGCUGCGGCUGAGUACAGCACAUUGCCGGGCGCAGACCUCGAGGGCCUGCUCCAGCGGCUGGAGACAGUGUCGGAGGAGCAGCGGAUCUAUCGACUGCCGGUGUUUACGCCGCCGUUCUGCCAGGCCCUGCUGGAGGAGCUGGAACACUUCGAGCAGUCAGACAUGCCCAAGGGGAGACCCAACACCAUGAACAACUAUGGGGUGCUGCUACAUGAGCUGGGCCUAGAUGAGCCGCUGGUGACACCGCUGCGGGAGCGCUUCCUGCAGCCGCUGAUGGCCCUGCUGUACCCAGACUGUGGCGGCGGUGGGCUCGACAGCCACCGUGCCUUUGUGGUCAAGUAUGCACCGGGCCAGGACCGCGAGCUGGGCUGCCACUACGACAAUGCUGAGCUGACCAUCAACGUGGCCCUGGGCAAGACCUUCACGGGGGGUGCCCUAUACUUUGGGGGCCUCUUCCAGGUUAGUGUGUGUGACCCAUGGGGCAGGGCCUGGUGCAGCCGGGAGUGCCCAGGCCUGAGUCCAGCUGUCUGCAGGCACCUUCAGCCCUGGCCAAGCCCCUGGAGGUGGAGCAUGUGGUGGGCCAGGGCAUCCUGCACCGGGGCGGCCAGCUGCAUGGGGCCCGGCCCCUGGGCACCGGCGAGCGCUGGAAUCUCGUCGUCUGGCUCCGGGCCUCUGCUGUGCGCAACCGCCUCUGCCCCAUGUGCGGCCGCAAGCCUGACCUGGUGGACGAUGAGGGCUUCGGCGACGGCUUCACCCGAGAGGAGCCCCCCACAGUGGAUGUGUGUGUGCUGACUUGAGCCUUCUUGGGACUGUGUGGGGGUUGGCACGACAGCAGAGGGCUCUGCCACCUUGGGUCAGGUGGGGCAGAAAUAAACUCUCUGCAGCCCUUGACACUUUUUGUUUCAAAAGGACAAGCAGGCGUCUGGGUCAUUCUUUCAGUAGUCUGGCUGGCUUAGGUCAGGUUUAUUAGAAUCAGAACCUGAUGGGAUUCUUGUGCAAGCGGUUUAUCGAAUAAUACUCUCAGCAGAAGGGAGUCAGGGAAGCAGGACAGGGCAGGAAAGAGCUGGACCAAGAUGUGGGUUUAGAUGGCGUUUCAACUCAGGCCAGUCCCACGGGAGCUCUGGAGCAUGAAUCUACCAGUUUGCCUCCAGCCAAUAAGCAUCAGUUAUUGGCUACAGGGUGUGUGUGGGGGUGGGAGUAUGAAUAACUUCCGGACAGCCAUCUCCAGGACAAGUGGCUACCAGUGGCCAAGGGAAUCUUCCAGAGAAACGUCCAGGUGUGAGCUGUCAGCAGUGGACAUCACAGCCGGGGAUGCGUGCCUUUGUCUGUAAGGGGGACUUGGGUGGGUGACCAGUAGCAUCUUGUAGAUGGUGGUGAGGGCUUACUGCAGAGGGGUUAGAGCGGGUACUCGGGAGCAGACUGCCUGGGUUCAAAUUCUGAUUCUGCGACUUCCAGCUCCGUGACUGGCUAAGCCACUUGACCCCUUUGUGCCUUAGUUUCCUCAUCUGGAAAGUACCUAUGUCCUAGAGCUGCUGUGAGAAUGAAGUGAUACAUAAAGUGCUUCAUAACAGCCCUCAGAGUUUGCUGCUAUUAUUACCGAAGAGUUUGCAACUUGGCCCCAAACUUGGGUGAGGAGUGCAGCUGUGCACACUGGGUUACACAUUGGAAAACCAGGGAUUUCCAUAUUGAAAUCACGAGUUCUGGCUUCCCUGGGAAGGUGGAAAGGUCUGGAAACUUAGCAGGCGCCAUCCCUACAUUGCAGAAAUCAGCUGGAGCAGUCUCAGCUGCCCAGUCUAAACAGGCCUGUGGUGCAGUCCCUCAUGGGACUUCCUCCCUCAUUCAUUGCCAUGACAUCUCUGGCCCCUUAGGGACUUCUGAGUUUGAGACCUCCGUAUUACCGGGUGGGGACGUUGGAAAGACCACGGCUUCUCAGGCCUGGACCUCACGGCCUUAUGGGCUGGACAGGCCUGCAGACGACCCAGGGUGGAAAACGGCGCGCAACAGGGUCGCCUUUCCUGGGACGUCAAGGACGCUGCGCGCGCUGGAAGGGCAGUCUUGGGAGAGGGCACAGCUGUGGCAAAGGGCCUGCGAGCUCUGGGCCUGGCACCAGGCUGGAGAGCACGUCUCUCGGCCAGGAGCCGCGGGCGCAGGCACGGCCUCGCACCGGACUGGAGGC